GAGAGCGGAAAACUGUUCCCUCUCUCCCUCCCUUCUCUCUCUCUCUGUCGGUGUAUGUCUCUCUCUCUCUCUCUCCCAUCAAUCUCUCUCUCCCUCUCUCUCUCUUUAUUUCUCUCCUUUUUUCUUUAAAGUCCAAUACAUUUCCAUCCAAUGGAAACCAACUGGAGCACUAUGUAUGCUGUGGGAUUAGUGGGUAAGGUAAAGGAAGAGAAAGGAAAGAGAGAGAAAGAGAGAGAAAGAGAAACAGAGAGAGUGAGGGGAGAGUGACUGAAAGCUAAAGCCAUCACCUGCAUUCACGCAUUAGGUUCUCGGUGACAAACCAGAACCCACAGAACCUUAACCAGUUUAAUGUUUCUUGGUUGAUUGCUUCCUUGUCACUGAUGUGACACCGGUCAUUUAUGUCAACACUCAUUUUAGCACAAUUUCAUUUUUGCUUUAAGGACAGGAAGGUGAACUUAGAAACUAAGAGAGAGAGAGAGAGAGAGAGAGAGUUAGUGAGGAGGGAAUGGAAGGCGUGAUGGAAUAGGACGUUGAGUUUGUUGCCCAGAAGACAGGCGCUCGAGGACAUGAGCACACACACCAAUAGUGGGGAGUCUAACACGACUGAGUGUGUUGGUGUGAUCAACAUUCUAUCCACAAACAUGACCCCCCUGAGUGGUGUUUGAACUGAAAACAAAACUAAAUGCACCUUGGCGAGACUGGCGACAAGGGAUCUGCAGACUUGUACAUCACAGGCUGCUUGACUGAAGCAUCUGGCUAAGCAUUUGCACAGAAGGAUAAGCAAAGCUUAUGAGAAAUGUCAUCAACAUUCACUGAUCCACACAAGCCAAGACGAAAACACGAGUAACACUUUAGAGUGUGUGACAACAACAACAACAAAAAACUUAGAGCUCUAAGACAGUAAGAAGAAGACCAUGAUGGAGAAGCUGGAGCCCACUGUAUCCCCCACCCCUGCUCUGUCAAUGACUGAUCCCUUAACUCCUCCACACACUCACUCUCCGUGCACCAGCAGCCCUGCAGCCAACGAAGCUAAUGGUGCAGAGAGCGGCAUCAGCACAAACACCAGCCCUGUUACACCGCAACUUACUGAGAAGGCUGAUAGAGAGGAAAAAGUGACGGAACCUGAGCCUGCUACCUCACCCCCAAACACAAGUGUCUCUUCCAUUUCCACUUCAACAUCCACAUCAAGUUCCUCUUCUACCAUCGUCCUCUCCUCUCCUCCUUCUACGUCCCCUGCUCCACUGCCCCCUAACAUCCCUGUAAUCAGUCUGGCUCACAGUAAACCCCCUCUGCCCCCGAUCCCCAUGCCUGCUGCUCAGCUCACCGCCCUCCACCCCAUACCCACAUUGGCACAUGGACCAGGGGAGCUCCGAUUGGCACAGCUAGCCGCUCUCUCUGGGGGGCCAAUGGCCACAGUGCCUACACCUAGAGGUCUACUGACUCACCAGUACCUGUCUGGACAUCCAUUACUCAACAGCUCUUACCUUAGUCCCUCCAGUACUUAUGGUUUCUUCAGCAAUAAUCGUAUUAAGAGAAGGCCAUCAUCGCACUUUGAAUUGGAUCUCACUGACUGUCCUCCUCAAAAGCUAGCCAGGCGCGUUUUCACUAACAGCCGAGAGCGCUGGCGUCAGCAGAAUGUAAAUGGUGCGUUCUCUGAACUCCGAAAGCUCAUCCCCACUCACCCACCAGACAAGAAACUGAGCAAGAAUGAGAUCCUUCGACUUGCUAUGAAGUACAUCAACUUUCUCGUAAAGCUCCUGAAUGACCAGGCCAGUGACAAUACUGCACACAGCCUAACGGACAGCACUGAAGAGGACAAGAGCAAGAUAAAAGUUGCAAACGAAAUGUUGGGCAAUGGCACCAGAGACUGUGGUCACAUCUUGCACCCAGUGUGUCCGUCAGACAGCACCUCGUCAUCUCAGAUAUCGUUACCACUUCCUGCAGUUCGUCUGGCUUCAGUCACCUCCCACCGUAACAGAGACUCCACUGAUUCAGUCAUUGCUUUGACCGCAUCACCUGGCUCCAGUUGCUAUGGGGACACGGACAGUGAAGAGACGUUAGUCUUACAGAAUUCCAGGAUUUUAAAAACAAGUGUUACGGAAGGGAUGAUGGAAAAGAUGAAGGAACAGAUACAGACUGUGAUGGCAGGCGGAUACCACCGGUGACAUCACCUGAGACAACAUGUUAAAACAUUGUAGCAAAAAACUGACACAAUUGAUCACAACUGGGACAACUGUUCAAAAUAUAUAGUAUAUGCAGUGCCAAUUUUUGUGUUUGUGUGUUUUUUUUGUGGAUGUAUUAUUAUUAUUAUUAUUAUUAUUAUUAUAUGUUGGCUACUUCCUUUUAUAACAGUGUUAAAAUUGAGACAUCUCAAUAUUUUUAUUCUUUCAUUGUGUGCAGAUUAAUUGUUAGCAUUUGAGUGGUAAUCAUGUUAGACCCAUACACUGUUGUUGUAAAGUUGUGGCACUUUGAAGAUCUCUAUAUGGGUUCCCUUAAAGGAACAAUAAACACAUUGUCUAUUUGGA